AUGAUACAUGGACCGUGCGGUGAACUAAAUAUGAAUUCACCAUGUAUGAUUGAUGAAAAGUGUUCGAAACGAUACCCAAGGCAAUUUACUUCAGACACAAUAACGGGCAAUGACGGAUAUCCGUUGUAUCGACGUAGAUCACCUAAUGAUAAUGGCAAAACGGCAACCAUUAGAAUGCAUAACCAGGAAGUUGAAGUUGAUAAUCGUUGGGUGGUUCCGUAUUGUCCAUUAUUAUCGAAAAUAUUCAACGCUCAUAUAAAUGUGGAAUAUUGUAAUUCUGUCAAAUCCAUUAAAUAUAUUUGCAAGUAUGUAAAUAAAGGGAGCGAUAUGGCUAUUUUCGGUGUUGCUGGUGAGAAUAGAAAUGAUGAAAUUACUCAGUAUCAAAUGGGUCGCUAUAUUAGUAGCAAUGAAGCUGUCUGGAGGAUUAUGUCGUUUCCAAUGCACGAAAGACAUCCUGCGGUUGUUCACUUGGCUGUACAUCUUGAGAAUGGCCAACGUGUUUAUUUUAAUGUAGCAAAUUUAUUGGAAAGAGCAGCGCAACCACCAGCAACUACGUUAACAGCUUUUUUUAAAUUAUGCGAAACUGAUACAUUUGCGAUAACUUUGUUAUAUUCUGAAGUGCCUCAGUAUUACACAUGGAAUGUGUCUUCGAAAAAAUUUCAAAGACGUAAACAAGGAACAGCAGUUCAUGGGCAUCCUGGCAUUUUCCAAACAGAUGCAAUUGGCAGAAUAUAUACAGUACAUCCAAACAAUGUUGAGUGUUUUUAUUUGAGAUUGUUAUUAGUUAACGUGAAUGGCCCAAAAUCAUUUCAAGAAUUGAGAACAGUCAACGGUCAUUUGUGUGAAACAUACCGUGAAGCAUGCCAACUUUUGCAUUUGUUGGAGGAUGAUGCUCAUUGGGAUUCAACACUUCAUGAUGCAUCUAUUUCGGCUCAUCCUCAACAAAUACGAAUGCUGUUUGCCGUUAUAUUAUCAACAUGUAUGCCAUCAAAUCCACUUGAAUUAUGGAACAAAUAUAAACAUAAUAUUGCAGAAGAUAUUUUAAUUCGUAUGCGUCAUCAUGCAAGAAAUCCUGAUUUGUUGAUAACUUUGGAAAUGUACAACGAAGCUUUGAUAAUAAUUGAAGAUAUGUGUCUACGGAUUGCAAAUAAAACAUUAGUACAAUUGGGUAUGACCGCACCAAAUCGUGACAUGCAUGAUCUGUUUGAUCGUGAAUUGCAACGUGAGCAGGAAUUCAAUUCUAAUGAUUUGCGUUUAUUUGUACAAUCGAAUAUAACCAAAAUGAAUAUUCAGCAAAAACAUGUCUAUGACACAAUCAUGCAAGCCAUUUCCAAUAAUGCAGGUGGGUUAUAUUUCUUGGAUGCACCUGGUGGUACAGGCAAAACGUUCGUUAUAUCACUGAUUUUAGCCACUAUUCGAUCGGAACAGAAAAUUGCAUUGGCACUUGCAUCUUCGGGAAUUGCUGCUACAUUAUUAGAAGGUGGUCGGACAGCACACUCUGCAUUAAAAUUGCCAUUGAAUGUACAG